GUCCCUAUCUCGUCGGAUCGCCACCCACUCGCUCUCGCGCUCCCCCCCGCCCCACUCCACUCCGAUCCCCCCCUUCGCCUCCGCCGCCGCCCCAGAUCCGGCCCAACCCUAGCGCCAUCGCCGCCGCCGCCGUCCCCGUCUCCGACGCCGCCAUCACAGUUGCGAUUGAGGAGAGGGGAUUGAGCCUUUUUUGGCCUGGUGGAAUUGGAUUGGGGACGCUGUGUGUGGACGGUGGCGUUCAAGGAGCGGAGGAUGUCGAGGAGGUCGGUGAAUCCCGGCCGCCGGAUGUCGGACGGGGGCCUGCCCUCCGUCGGCGGCCUGCUCCACUCCAAGUCCCGCUCGCCGCGCGUGCUCACGAUCGCACUCCUCGUCCUGGGUGUGAUUGUUCUGAUCGCCUACUUCAACAGCGGCCCAGGUGUAACUGUUAAUAGCAGAGAAGCUUUCACCAGGUCUGAAGGUUCUUGCACAUCAGAAGUCAUCCAGGCGCUUCCUUAUCUUAAAAAGGCAUAUGGCAAUGAUAUGCAAAAGGUUCUCCAUGUAGGCCCUGAUAGUUGUACAGUAGUUUCUAACUUGUUGAAAGAAGGGAAGAUUGAAGCAUGGGGAGUGGAGCCUUAUGAUUUGGAGGAUGCUGAUAGUAGCUGCAAAAGUCUUGUGCGCAAGGGCUUUGUCCGUAUGUCUGACAUUAAGUUCCCUCUUCCAUACCGCCCAGAUUCUUUUAACCUUGUUGUUGUGUCAGAUGCUUUGGAUUAUCUGACCCCAAGGUAUCUGAACAAAACACUUCCUGAUUUAGCAAGGGUCUCCACAGAUGGCCUUGUUAUAUUUACUGGCAAUCCAGGCCAGCAGAAGGCUAAGAUUUCUGAACUACCAAAAUUUGGAAGACCGGCAAAGUUACGAAGUUCUUCAUGGUGGACUCGCUACUUUAUACAGACUGGCUUGACAGAGAAUGAAGGGCCAUUGAAGAAGUUUGAGCAGGCUGCUUCGAAGAACAACUACAAACCGGACUGUCAAAUUUUCCACCUCAGCACGUAGGAUUGUACUGAUCAGGGCAAUGUCUAUCCAUGACACCUUGGACUACCGUCGCCGUUUUUGUUAGCAAUAUCUUCUGCUCAUACCCCGUCAACUUUAUGUGGAGGAAUUGUGACACGAAGAGCCAGCCUUGUGCCAUAGGUAGCUUAUGUAGAGAGAAGCUUUACCACCUGUUGCUAGACAUUCUUUCUGGAGACUAAAUUAUGUGUUAUUAAGCACCGCAAAUCGGAUCGGCCCAGGCGACAAAUAUAUGCAAGAACUUUACACUGUUGUACUAUGUUACGAUUGUUCUGUGUCAGUUGUUCUCUGAGCAGCAUCAAAUGUAAAAUUUCCUCAAGAGAAGCAGAUGAUAUCUUGUCCCUUCUGUGUGA